UCUCCUUCACGCAGGUCUUGACAACCCCCUAUUGUCAAUGAAAUUGCAGCCAUAUCUGGGUAGGCAGGUAACAUAACUUCGUUAUCAUUCUUGACUGAUUGGUUUCUACUUCUAUCUUUAUUAAGAUGUAUCUUCUUAACGCAAAAACAAAAAAACUUCGUUUUUUCCAUGAAGAUGAACGAGAGCCUUACGCUAUCCUAUCCCAUACAUGGGGUCCAGAUGAAAUCACUUUUCAAGAACUUCCUGUCAUAGUAGCAUGUGGGGAGGGGAUCGCAUCCCAUCCAAGUACAUCGAAGGCGGGAUACCGCAAAAUCAAAGGAUGCUGUGAGCAAGCUAGGAGAAGCGGAAUCGAAUGGGUUUGGGUCGAUACUUGCUGUAUCGAUAAAAGCAGCAGCGCCGAAUUAUCAGAAGCUAUAAAUUCUAUGUAUCGGUGGUAUAAAGAGGCUCAAGUCUGCUUUGUCUAUCUCGAGGAUGUAUCUCACGACAACACCGAUCUAAGCGCCGUCGAUUCGCCAUUCCGCAAGAGCCGGUGGUUCACUCGGGGUUGGACGCUACAAGAGUUGAUUGCUCCUGAUACCGUUUGGUUUUUCAGCAAUUCAUGGUCCUUCCUGGGGGCAAGGUCGGACAUUGAGAACCUCUUGGCUGAAAUAACGGGUAUCUCAUUUGGUCUACUCUCAGAAUAUGGUAUCCACUAUUUCAGCACUGCGCAGCGCAUGUGCUGGGCAGCAAAACGUAAGACAUCAAGGAGAGAAGAUCUGGCAUAUUGUCUGCUUGGUAUCUUCGAUGUUAAUAUGCCUUUAAUAUAUGGCGAAGGCGACAAGGCUUUUCGAAGAUUGCAAGAAGAAAUCAUCAGACAAUCGACAGACGAAACAAUAUUCGCAUGGGGAUUCGAGAGCUCUUAUGCGUUCUCCCGGAUCAAUGAAGAGAACGAGACGGUUUCGUUCUUAGCAAAAUCGCCUUCCGAAUUUAUCGGGUGUUCCAGUGUGGUUCCAUCUGAAUCUCAGAUAACAGACGGCUUCGAAAUCACCCAAAAAGGAAUCCACAUUAAACUCGAAAUGUCUGAAGACUACUAUAUAAUUUUCAAUUGUCGUUCGACUGAAGAUGAUCGGGGAAAUAUCGCCAUUAAAGUACGUUGCUACGAUGUGUGCGGAGAAUCCGUUCAUCUUGAUCGCGGCUCUAGCACUCCUGCUUUAAUCGCGUCUAGGCUGCUCGGCCACACGCCGGGGCCGAGGCCAUAUUACUCAAAAACACCUACAAAGGUUUCCACAUUUUAUCUGCAUAUAGCGACAAUUCCAAGCACUAUUUCUCUGCAUGAAAAAUACUAUCGUCUUUCUACGGCGAUUGAAACGGGGGGUAUCGUUUACGAAGUCCUUCAUGUUGACGAACAUCUGAAAGUCAUCCGCGAUCAGCAGAGGUUGACUAUUAUUUCAACUAAACCACCGAAACUGGACAUAUACAGUGUCUUCUUCUCCUGCAAAGCUGAUGAUACACCAUACAUUUAUAUAAAGCUCGUGCUUCGCCCCGAAGAGCGCGAUGGUGGACGCUAUCGCUUUGAAUAUCUAUUAGCUGAAUCUGCCGUUCCACUUGUCUCGCCGACAAAGGGAAGACUGGAACACCUUGACUGGAAGAGCUUUUUAACAAUUAACCGCCUCCGCAUUACCUUCACCCGUAUUCGACGGGGUGUUACGGCGCUGGAUGGAAGGGAGACCGGAGGCCUGAUUGGAUGGGUUAAGGAAUUCUAUCCGUCACCACCAAAGUAUCUAUACGAUUCCACAGAUGGCAUUACUACCUUACAAUCUUAGCUCUCUCUUCCUAAUACUAUCCUUGAAGACCAAGAGAAAACCAAACUUCCCUUCUUGACUAGGAAUGGACAUCAAAGCAUUAAAUGAGAUGGUUUAUGGUAUAAAGGAGUGUUAGCAUUGUCUAUAGAGCAAAUAGUUAAUGCUAACGAUGACAG